CAGCACAAUGUGGCAAAGAGAUAAAAAGGCCGAAUCUUUUGGGUACUGACUUAUUCAAAAGGCAAUCCAGGUUGAAGAUAAUUAAAAUUACAUUCGUGUGGCGAGCGAUUUAGGACGUGCUUCAAUUAAUUUUGCAUCUCUCCUGCAGACCUUCCCCUUUUCCACCCCAAGAGACUUCGAGGAUACAAUGAGAAAUUUUAUCACAGUUCCGACACUCCUGUGUCUCAUAAUUGCAGCUUUGGUAAUUAGAUUGGUGGACAGUACGUGCAAUGUCUGCUCACCCACUUCAAAUAUUUCCUGUGAGAGUGAAACACAAUUUAGAUUGUGCUCUGACGGUCUUCCAGAUGCCAAUUCACCACUGUUCAAUUGUGCCACAGGGACUGUUUGUAAUUCAGACACUACACAAUAUUGUGCGACCGGUGCUGUUCCCAGUUGUCAGGCGUGCGGGACGUGCACAGCUGAUGGAAGAUUUGCUUGUACGGGAUUGAAUACGUUCGCCCUGUGCCAUGGAGGAACCAUCCCUUCGAGCGACACGUACACUUGCCCCAUCAAUACCGUAUGCGAUGUCAAUGCUGCUUCUCCUGAUUUUUGUUCAGUGGACAAUGGCAGCAUCGUAACAUGCAAUCCAACAUCCACACAACCUCCAGAUACAACACCAACAACCACAACGACAACGACAACGACAACUUCAACAAGUACAUUGACUCCGACAACAUCAUCAACUACAACGACUCCUAUAACAUCAACGACGCAAUCAACAACAACAACACAAUCGCCAACAGAUUGGUGUGCUGAUAAGGGUACUAUUGGGCGGUAUCCUCAUCCACAUGAUCCAGAUUGCAGAUCGUAUUACUAUUGCUUUGCCAGUGAAGGAUCACUUGCUGGUUCGACCUAUUUCUGCCAAGGCACAACAGUUUUCAAGCCUGACAUUCAGCAAUGUGUUACAUCCACGACCUACCAAUGCCCCGACUAUGUAACAACCCCAAUUCCGUAAAUUUCAGUAAGGUGGUAAUUGCCUGGGAAAUUCAAUGGGGGGAAUAUGCCGAGGAGACCUUUCAUUCUCUGCCAGCAAUAAUGAAUGAAUAAAAAUUAUUUAUCCUCAAGUGGAGGGAAAA